GUCAGUGGUCCAUCAAACACCAACGCUCAAAGCAUGUAGUCGCAUAUGAGCACUGCACACCUGCUCGCCCGCUCCGUCGGCAUAGUUUCUCCCGACCAUGUUCUCCGCAACACCACAACGCGCCUCAUUUACGCGCUUCAACCCACGCCCAUAACUUUCAGUUACAGGGCAUCAUCCAAAGACGAGCCAAACGAGACCAUUCCUGCCCACAUAUCCGGCGUCAAUGCUCUCACCAUUGACAAAUUCGAAGGCCGCUACCUUCUUUCCGGCGGCGCCGACUCCUCCAUCGCAAUCUGGGAUCUCGAAAACCCCAUCUCAUCCGUGACAUCCCAAGAUGCAACACCAAACAAUCGAUACCUUCCCCUCUCCUCCGUGCGCAAAACCUCCGAAGAGCACAAACUCGGCAUCACGCAAAUCUGCUUUUACCCUUUCGACUCCCUCGCCUUCCUAACCUCCUCGUACGACCACACCGUCAAAAUCUACUCGUCCGAGACGCUCCAACCCUCGGCCUCCUUCGACCUCGACUCCGUCGUCUACAACAUCGCCCUCUCCCCCAUCGCAGACCACCUCCUCGUCGCAUGCGCCACGCAGCACCAAGCCGUCCGCCUCAUUGACCUCCGCUCAGGCGCGAACACGCACUCCCUCCCGGGCCACGCAGGCGCCGUCCUCGCAACAGCAUGGAGCCCCACCCGCGACCACGUCCUCGCCAGCGGCGCUACAGACGGCAGCGUCCGCUUCUGGGACAUCCGGCGCAGUUCGGCCGAACUCGGCGUCCUCGACCUGGAAGACACGGUGGGGAUUCUAGGACGCCACUCCUCGUCUUCUUCUUCCUUCCAGCAUAGCGCUCGCCCCCAGGCAAAAGCCCACCGCGGCGCCGUGAACGGCCUCCUCUGGACCGAAGACGCACACUACCUGAUCACCUGCGGGCACGACUCGCGCAUCCGCGUCUGGGACACUGACACGGGCGCCAACACGCUCGUCAAUUUCGGCCCCAUGGUGCGCAAUGCUUCGGGUUUGGCGCCUUGUAUACCCGUCUUGCCGCCCGCGAGGUUCAUGCCCGCUGGAGGGGAGGUCAUUUUUUUCCCGAAUGGGGGAGGCGAGAUAUUGGGGUUUGAGCUUUUUGAGGGGAGGUUGGUGAGGAGGUUGAGGAGGAUGGCGGGUGGGGAGAGGGAUGCGGGCGCUGCUGCUGUGGCAGGGGCUUCGUCGUCGAAGACGCCGAGGAGAAAUGUUGCUGAUCGGGUGACGGCGCUGGCUUGGCGCGCGCACGAUGUAGAAAUGUAUUCUUCGCAUGCGGAUGGCAGCAUUGCGGUGUGGAAGCCGAGGACGGAAGAAGAUGCCGAGGCGGACGAGGAGGAGGAGCAAGAGAGGGCGGAGAGGGAUGAGGAGGGGAGGAAGAGGAAGAGAGAUGUGCUCGAGGAUAUCUAUUUGGAUUUAACGAGGAAGAAGGUUACGUUUGGGGGUGUUUGAGGGAGGUUCGGUGAUGGCACGGCUUUGAAGUCAUUGAAUUCGUUGGAUCGUUUUGAGUACAUGUGUUUGCAUUAAAGCUGGAGUAAUGCUGCGAUACCCGUUUGGCAGUGCUCAUUAUAUCAUUCCGUACAUCAUGGUCACCUACA